AAACAGAGUGCAAAGUACGGACGAGCGGGCCCCCUCCGCCAUUGCAUACAGCCACUAUUAUAAGAAUCUAUCUAUUCUAUGUGGGUGCGGAAGUAAUUGACGUCGAGCCGAUUGGGUCUUGGUCGCCGAGACGGUCGGUUUAUCCACGAUGGCAUGCCAACGGGAGGAUUCGGAUUACGUCGAUGUUUCGGGGCUCCGCGUGUAGCGGGGAGACUGUAGAAGGUAUAAAAGACCAGAACGAGAGCAGACAUGGCAGGGAGAGAUGCGAAAAGGAAAAGGCAAAGGGCGAAAAGCAAAGGAAACAGAACGAAGUCGGUCGAGCUGGAUCUUGUAUUCGUAUAUCUCGAACAGUCAACUGUGACUACUAUCUCGCCUCCGCCAAGUUCAACUCUCCCAUUCCCCGGACUCUUUCCUCUCUUCUCCGAACAUCCUCUCGACUCUCGACUCUCGACUCUCGACUCCUCUCUUCACAUCAUGUCGACCAACAGACCGUUCCUGGCAAACUUCCUGGCCGCAUUUCGAGCCCAGUCGACUUUCCGGACAUCCUCCGCCACGAGCUCCGCGCAGUCUGGGGCCCCAUCGUCGUCUUUUUCCACAUCCACAUCCUCUUCAUCGUCCUGCUCGUCUUCUUCCCCAUCAACAGCUCAAAUCACCCAAAGUGCACGGAGCAUAGCCACAAAAGAUCAGCAGCAACAGCAGCAGUCGCAAUCCCAGUCACAAUCCCAACAACCUACAGCUACAGCUACAUCGACGACGACUGCAACCACCACAACGACGACAACAGCACACUACCACCACCACCCACGCCAGCAUUCCCACGCCCGUCCACCAUUAAAUCCUUCAACGACAGCAGCUGCAGCAACAGCAGCAGAGACUUCAUCAUCACCCUCUACAUCAUCACCCAUCACCACCCCCUCGACCCCAAUCCCAAUCACCACCCCCAGCCCCGCCCACCGCCACCGUCGGGGAAGCGACAGUUCGAGCAACUCGGGCGGUUUUCGCGACGCCCUCGGUCCUGAGAAGUGGUAUAUUGGUGGCCGGACGCCCGGUGGCGAGGAGCGCUUCUAUCGUUUGGGUAUGGUUACUAAGUGCGGGGGGAGAUUGGGGGGUAGUAGUGGGCGGGUUGGGAGUUUUGAUCAGUUGAGUUUGUGAUUUUUGCUCUGGGCUUUCUUUUGGGAGGGCUGUUAUUUCUUUUGAUAGGACGGGCUUGGACUCAAUCUUUUGAUUGAUGGUGUUGGGCUGAUGGGAAUUUUCUAUUGAUUUUAUCCUCUGUGGAAUUCAGAUGUCUACUGUCUCAGUCUCAGGCGUUUUGGUCAAGGCCAGGGGCUUCUAUUUUCUCAAGAGCGAAAGAAUUACUUCAUAUAUCAUACCACCACCAUUACCGCUCAGUUCAUUGAAUUCAUUUCAGUUUACUUGGUUGGAUAUUCUCUCCUCUUGUAUAUAAUAUAAAUGACAAGAGACAAACAUACAGAAUUACU